UAUGAAGCUGUCAAAUUUUUCAGCCGGAGUUAUACUCUUUACUGUUUAUCUUCAUUUUUCUUUCGUAACAUCCGCCGAAUAUUUUUCCUUGGCAUCAAAUUUUUCACAAUCUCAAUACAACAUAUUAAGGGAUUCGACUAUUGUCAACUUUACCGAAUCAGUUUCGUACAAGUUCCACUUUUCUCAUAUAACUGAUGGAACAUUUUUUAUUCAUCCUUCGUCCGGAAGUUGUACGAAUUUAAGAGGUUCAAUCGUCAUUCAAUUAGAUCUGAUUUAUUAUCUUCAUACAAUCAAUCUGCUCUUUGGAGACAAUUUUAACAAGACUACAAUAUCUCUCCGUAUCUCUGCUCAACUAUUUGCGGUAGAAGAAGAAUGCGCCUCUUUAUUGCUGUUUAAACUCUCUAAACCACUUGCAGUUGUUCCUUGUAAAAACAACGUAAGGGGAAAUUACUUGAAAAUUUCUAAUUUGGCAUUGUCUUCAAUUAGAUUGUGCGACGUUCAAGCUUUUUCAGUUAACCUAGCAGCAAAAGCUCCAGUUUACUCUGGCCAAUUACAAUCCGAUCCUGAGCCAAUAACCGAUGGCCUAUUGAAUAGUUGUAUAAUAAUAUUCAAGGGUUCGAAUGGAAAAUAUUGGGCAUCUGUAAAUCUUGGAGCAAUUUAUAAAGUGUUUGCGGUCGGAAUACAGCUAAAACAAACUCGAGAAAUAGAUGUAUAUUCGUCAAACAGUCACCCCGGUAGUGUUAUACAAGAAACUGACAAGAGUACAUGUUUCUAUGGGAAUUUAAUGAAACACUUUGGAAUUUGUUCGCAAUUAAGCAACUCUCAGUUUGUUACAGUCAUAUCAGUUACUUAUUUUAAACUUUGCGAAUUGGCAGUUGUUGGAAAUUUGUAUUCCAUAUCCAAAUCUCCAAAUUUAGCCAUUAAGAAACCAACAUACUUCUCUUGUAGUGAUCAAACAACUAAUCAAACAAAAUCUCCAUCUUUCGCCGUAGACGGUUUCUAUUCUACUUAUUUUUCACUUAUUAAACAACCUACCUGUACAUAUUUCUAUUGGGCCGUCUCCCUUCUUCAAAUCUUUCAAAUAGACGCUAUAGUUUUAGUCAACAAGGCCGGAUCGUUUCAGUAUUUUAUCAAUAAUUUGGCGUUAAAAGUUACAAAUAUGACUAAUUUGGAUACAAUUCGAUUAGAUUCUAAUUCAACAGAUUAUCAGACAUGCCAAACUCUAAAACCGACGAAUCUGUUAUUAUACGGAGAAACAAGAUACUUUCCCUGUUCGUUCAAUACUAAAGGAAUGUACGUUAUUGUUGAAAUAUUAAACCAUAACACUAUAUUUGAAUUGGCAGAAAUUGAAGUUUUCGGCUCGCUAAUUGAUGAUAAUGAUUUAUAUCAAAGGAUAAAUGAAUUAACUACCGUUCAGUCGUCCUUCUUCAAUUCGAAACAAGCUAGCGGACCGGCAAAAGCCGUCGAUGGGGACGCUUCCAGAAAUGUAUUCUACGAGCUUGAAGGGAAAUCUCAUUCGUGUAGUAGGUCUCUAUUGGGAACAAAUUCCAAAUAUCCAUGGUGGAUGAUUACCACUGAGAAGAGCAUCAGCUUAAAAUCGAUAACAAUCGUUCAAGCGGAAAGUCAAAAUACAGAUGAUUUACUAUCGUACUUUGAAGUGACGAGUUCAUAUAAGAAAUUCUCCAAAUUGGGUUUAGACUGGACAGAGGAAGAUGAACAACAUCUUUGCGCCAUUUAUAAAGGAGCAGCCAGCAAUUAUAAAGUGUUGAAUCUUCCGUGUAGCAAUAAUAUGGGCGGAUAUUAUCAUACAAUCAGAAAUUUGAAUUCAACUCGAUUAACUCUAUGCGAGGUAUAUUUCUAUAUUGGCAUAGACAAUGGAUACAGUUCCUAUACAAGAAGAAUUAGAGGAGAAGAGAAAAUAUUUAAACAUGUUAAAAAUCGUCUACUAGACUCUCCUGACAAAUGUUCAGUGAGCGUAAAUAUUAGAAAAACGUUUGUCUUUAAAGCAAACUUUCCUGCGCAAUUCUUAAAAGUUCACUUUCAAAUGAACGAUUCAUUUAAAGAUUCUUUUUCUGUUGUUGUUCGAAAAUCUCUUGACAAUCUUCAUAAUUCAACAAAUGAUCAAAUAUGCAAUCAACAUAAUUCAUCAUACAUUAACUUUAUUGAAAAUGGAAGACAUAUGUUUUAUAGAUGUGAAAUGAAUUGUGGAAAUUUUCUUUUGUUAAAGUCAAAUUCAAAAACUGGAAUGAAAAUAUGCGAUUUUAAGGUUUACGGCUUGUCUAUUUACUUUAUUCUCAAUUUGAAAUAUCAUCUAUCAAUAACUUCAUUCUGCUCAAAUGACAGUCCUUUAAAAUCACCCUGCAUAGCUGAUAAAAUUGGUACCAACUGGAAAGAUAUCGCCAUGUUUAAAGGAGUUGAGACUAACAUCUCAUUGGAAACUACAACAUAUAGUGGAUUGUUUUUAGUUGACCGUUCAUUGUCUUUUAUGUGGAAUUCUCGUAGUUGUGCCCAUUUUUUAAAAGCGAAUUACUGGAUAAAAAUUGACCUCUAUAGUGAAUACUAUGUUAAUACUGUGAGAAUAAUGUUAUCCAACAAAUAUACGUCAUAUAAGUCGAUAAAAUUUCAAGUAUCUCUUGUCAAAUUAAACGCUGAUUAUAUAUUAUGCGGCGAGGUUGGAUAUCCUUCUAUCAAUUUGAGAAAAUGGAAAUUAUCGGUGCAGUGUGAUCAAAAAGUUGAUAGACUCACUAGAUAUGUUGAAAUUCAGUCUAAGAUUUCCCAAGUUAAAACAACUAUUUGUGUAAUUCAAGUUUUCAUAGAUAAUCUAGCGUAUAACGCUUCAGUCUAUUCGAGACAAACCGAAAAUGAGCCAACAAACAUAAAUGACGGAUUAAUUUUUACUUGUACUAGUUCACUACCCUACAACGGCUACGCAUGGAUAAGCUUAACUAUUGGACACAUUUACAACGUCCACUCGGUUGACGGACUCUACUCGUCCAAUACUAUAGACAUUAUAACUGGUACAGGACAUCCGGUAGACUAUUGGGAUAAAAGUUUACCAAACUUUUGUGCUAAAGCUAUUAUGCCAAUAAACAACGUUUGGCACAGAAGUAUUUGCAAUGAAUGGAAACAAAUUGAAGUUAAUUAUGUUACUUUUAGAUCUGCAAAUACUUUGAAAAUCUGCGAAUUGAAUAUCUUAGGAGUUUACUUGAAAGAUUAUUCUUUUCCGAAUUUAGCGCAAGAGAGACCAGCUUGGCAAUACGAAGGAGCUGUUGAACUCUCCACUCAUGUUUCCGCUGCCAGUUUGGCCAACGACCUAAAUUAUAAAACGGGUCUAUCAUAUCUGGCUAUACCUAAUACGGUUAAAAAUCCAUAUUGGGGGGUUUACUUGACAAAGUUAUAUGCUAUACAAGCUGCAUUAAUCAUUGCAAACAUGGAUAAUUCUGCCUCCGCCAAGUUCAAUACAAACUUAACGCUUUUCAGUAGAAAAACGUUUCCGAAUACAACAAUAAGUACUGAAGAUGUUCUAGUCAGCGACGAAAACGCCUUAUGCUUCCAUUACGAAAAGGAAACUGGUUUUAUUGGCGGAGAAUCGAAAUAUUUCAAAUGCGAUAAAGUUUACAAAGGAAGAUAUUUCCUUAUUAUGCAAAUGGAAUAUGGAAAAUAUUUACAAUUAGCCGAAGUAGAAGUAUACGGAACAAAAUCCAAUUCAUAUUAUCACAGUCUCUAUCACACACACCCUCACAUCGCAUCCUUUCUUAUAUCAGCGAAAACUUCAAAUUUACUUUCUACGGGCAGGUCAAAAACUCUAUCGGAUGGUAGCCUAGUAACAAACUACCAAAACGUUACUAGGCCUUCGUGUUGUCUUAUUGCUGAAGUUAAUCCGAGUAUCGGUUCAUAUAUAUCAAUGUACGUCGCUUAUAGAAAUAUUUCGAAAGUUGUUCUCGUUCCUGGGUCGAAUAAAGACAAUAAAGAGCCACUAAUCUACGAGUAUCGUCUUGUUUCGACCAUCGUCUACUACCCCGAACAUUUGGGAACAUCAUCCACGACUAUAUCAGUUUGUAGUAUUGGCAACUUAACUAUAACAGAAUCAAUGUUUUACGAGAUAAACUGUCAAAGGCACAUACCAUCUUACAGAAUGACAAUUUACAACUUGAAUCAUGUAGAUAUUGUUCUGUGCGAAAUUAUCGUUGUAGCAACCUCCGAUAGCACUUUUAAUUCGUAUCAUCAAAUAGGUGUGCUGACUGGUUCAACUUUACAACCGAUAAAAGAUAUACCUAUAGGGUUUAAAAGUUCGUGUACUAACUUAACAGCCGAUACUUUCGUUUUUAGAAUAUCAAAACAAUAUUUUGACUUAUUCUACAUUUUGAGUAUUGCGUUUAGUGCUAAUGAAGAUAUUCAAGAGAAUUUCGAAGUAUAUACUGCUUUGAACGAUAAUCACCUCAAAGAGAAUAAGCUAAAGUUAUGCUCAGCACACGACAUUGAUAAGCAAGGAACGAUUAAAGGUGGAGAGAAACAUAGAUUCUUUUGCCGCAAGCUUACUUUCGCAAAUACGGUAAUUGUGAAAUUGAAGAGAAAUGUUACUAUUGACUCUUGUCAAGUUACAUUUCAAGGACAAAAUGCUCAUACUAAAAUGCUGCAUCAGAAACAAUAUCUUAGUCAUGGAAAUGAUAUUAAACUUGAAGGAUCUACGUUGACUCUUAUCAAACAAUGCUCUCGAGCCUGCUAUAAUAACGAUUCGUGCCUUUAUUUCUCUGUUAAUACUCUAACUAAAAGCGUUUCGUCUGAUGACACAACGUUUUGCAACGAUGACUUGGCUAAUUCGACAAUUUGUUCUAUAACAACGUCGAGAAGUUUAUUAAAUGUUGCUCUUUAUAAGAAAGUCACAUCGAAUUCUUCGAUAAAUGAUAAAUAUUUCAAUGAAAAUCACUUAACUGAUGGGAGUUUAUCUCUUUUCUCAGAGUCCGGAUCCUGUUCAAAAUUUAACGGAUUAAACUUUCAAAUUGUAAUUGAUCUCGACUUUGAAAUGCCAAUUCAUUCAAUUGCUAUAUUGAAUUCUCUUCAAGACGGAAAUGUCUCCUAUAGAAUAAAUUUGUUAAGAACUUUUAACGAUUCCUCUAAACUACUGUGCAAAGACACUACAUACGAUACGAAAAAUCUAACGACCGCUAUCGAAUACGUUACGUGUUCGCAACAGAUUAAUAGAUUAGCUAAAUUGAUUGAGAUUAUUAACCUACAAACAACACUUUCUGAGACUAUAAUCUGCGAAAUUGAAGUUUACACAGAUAAUUUGGCUUAUUCGGCGCCAAUCUACUCGUCAAAUGUUGACUCUCCAACGCCAUCGGCUAUUGACAAUAACAUAGCAUCGUGUCUUAUUUCCGAUAUACAUCCUACAAAAAAUAUGUCCUGGAUAAUCGUAGGAUUGUUAGCCUAUUACCAAGUCUAUACUAUAGAUUUGUACUCAACUUCAACGACCCUAAACAUUGGAUUUAUCAAAACUAGUCCUAUAGGAGAAUGGAAGUUCGAUAAUACAACACUGUGUCAGGUAGUUAACGUUGUACUCGGAAGUUGGAAUAGGGUUAAAUGCGAUUCUAUUAAGGAUGCUACACAAUAUGUAAUUGUCUAUAAUCAUGUACAAACCGUAAGCGUUUGCGAAAUGAAAAUAUUUGGCGAGUUUGUAAGGAAGAGAGAUUUAGAAAAUUUGGCAAAAUUUAAGCCCACCUUCUCCUAUGGACCGGCAUUAUCUACGACAAGCGGAAUCUACGGCCAUUCUAGCUAUAUGGUCGACGGUUCCUAUCUUAACGAAAGAACUACUUUAGCAAUACCGAGUACAUGGGGCAAAAGAUUUCCUUACCUUACUAUAGAUCUAGUGAAUAGGUAUUUAAUCUAUGGAGCUAUCAUUAUAACCAGAUUCGAUAACAUUUAUUCAAAAGAUUUCCAUCAGAAGAACAUUCUGUUUGUUGGAGAUACACCGCCUCCCAGAAAUAUGAACGCAAGCGAAGCCCUAUAUUUUCCAUAUGUCUUGUGUCAUAUUUACGAAAAUCCUCAAGGAUUCGAAAAGGGAGAAGCAAAAUUCCUUGCAUGCCAACCUAACGUUACUGGACGUUAUUUCACUCUGAUACAACCCGUCUACAACAAACAAUUACAAAUAGCUGAAAUGGAAGUUUAUGGACAAUUAAUAAAUGAAGGUUUCAAAUGA